AUAACAGGCAUUUCCAAAUUUCAGGUGUCGCCAAUGAUGAAAGAGCAAUCCUCUGACCCUUUUUAGAAAUGGAAGGAUUUUUAGGAGUCAAAAACUCCACACUACUACCUGCCUCGCCGAGCAGCUCUCUUUUGGCGGACGAAGUUGCUUCGAUUUGUCCACUGAUUACUCCUUCACCACCUACAAAUGAUUUUAUAAAUCCUUUGCAGGAGCCGACCGAUACUCAUUUUGUUAGUGGACUUGAACUUGCUACGAAAUUGAAAGAUGUCUCAGGUUCAGACGAGGAGAAAGCUGAAUCAGCAUCUUCUAGUUCCUCUGCAUUAGCUGAACCUGCUUGUGAACAGCUAUUGAACCACAGAAAUGUACAUCACUACAACGGCAAAAAUGUGGAGAAAGAACCUGGGGGUGCCAAUGAGAAGAGUCAACAACUCCAACUCACUUUCCGGAAUCCACCAGAUAACUAUUUUUUCAUGACAUGGAACUGGCCUCUGAUCCGCAAAAUCUCCACGUGGUUGUUUCUCUCCGGCCUAGUAGCUAUGGUAGCACUCGUUGUAGCAAUGAUUUCUACUUUGCCACAGAAAUGCAACCCUCCUACCUUUUGGUAUCAAGGGAAUUUGCUUUACGAAAUAUUCCCAGCCAGCUUCUAUAACGGAGGGCAAAACAUGGAAGGGGACUUCAAAGGAAUUUCAAUGAAAGCGGACUACAUUAUGGAACUUGGAGCAAGAGGCGUUAGACUGAAUUCUAUUUUUGACAGUCCAAACUAUCCGUACGAUUUCGAAAACAUUACCAGUUUAACUGAUAUAGCCCCGUCUCUAGGGACGCUCAAAGAUUUCAGUAGCAUGGUGAAACGUUUGAACUCAAGAAAUAUAUCUUUGAUGUUAGAUCUUCCCAUAUUUCCGUUCGUCAAGAAACUUGUACAUAAAAAAAUGUAUGACCAGAAGAACGAAAGCAAUUCAGGACCUACAAUGGAAUUUUUGAGAAGUGAGAGAGACGAAGAGCUUGAUAUAAUUGAAGAAUCAAUUUUGUAUUGGAUUUCAAACGGAGUCGAAGGAUUUUAUUUCAAGGGAUUAGAGUAUUUGAAAGACGACCCUUUUUUAGCAAACUCAUUACGACGGUGGAAAAAAAUUUUGGGAGAAAAUAGGGUCAUAAUAGUUAGUGAAGCUUUCAUCAGUUCAGCUCCAAAAUCGAUAAUAAACAUCAUUUUGAAUAACGUGGAUUUAGUGGAUGUCAAACUGAAUUUGGAGAAAGGAGUAACUGAAGUAAGCAAACAAAUUGGUUCUCUACAAAAUGGUACCCUCUUUUCGAAGCCUGGAAUGCCAUGGAUUCAUUGGUCACUGGGAAAUGCAAAUUCGAACAGACUAGCCAACACUCUACCAUACGCAAAUGCCACACUAGGGGCAACUCUUCUACAGCUGAUGCUACCAGGUACUCCUUCCAUAUUUUAUGGAGAUGAAAUUGGUCUACAGCAAAUAGCUGAUACCCAAGGUGAAAGACAAGAUAUCAAACACCUUCAUCAGCUCACUAUGAUGCCAUGGCAAAAUCAAAAACUGAAGGUUCUCCCUUGGAUACACGGAGAUGGAGAGGUAGUUGGGAGUUUUCACCAGAAAAAACUUAUUAGUAAGAUGGUUGCUCUCAGAACUCAGGCACCUUCUAUUUAUAUGAACUCCGUUUAUAAAGAGGGUGUAAAUAAAGCCAACGCAGAAGUGAAGUACGCAGGGAACCAGUUUUUAGUAAUUCAGAGAUGGUACCCAAGAAGAAACGCGUAUGUUGUAGCUUCUAAUCUGGGAACCGAGAGAUUGUCAACCGAUCUCUCUACCCUUCUUUACACCGGAAAAGUUGUUAUUGGACCCAGAACGGAUUCUUCGCCGGGGACAAUUUCUUUUAAAGAUAUUUCCUUAUGGCCAGGAGAGUCAGUGGUGGUGGUUCUCAACUGAUGACUGAAAAUCAAUUAUUUUUAUGAUUCACCUGAUUCCUAAGAGAGUUUCCACUGAUGCUCAUUUCAAAACAAUAAAUGAAUCUCAUGAC